CAUGAUUUGGCACUCUUGUUAGGAAUGUAUUGAAAAUGUCCAUUGUGAAAUGUGAAAAGGUCCAUUGCUUGGAAUUGGUGGAGGGCAAUUUACAUGUCUCAGUGAUGCACAAAUACAACAAUAAUAUUUGGAUGUUAGGAGUUUGCAAUAGUUUUACAUUAUUUGCUUUUAAUAAUUGUACAUUUGUUUGUUCUAUUGAUUUUGUUUAAUUUGUUUCGUCAAUAUGAAUUUUAGGAAAUCAAGAAACAGACUUYAUUGAUGCUGUUGUAGUUGCAAUGGAUUUAUUAAGAAAAAGAACAGCUGGUAAAAAGGUAGAAAAGAAGAUCUACCUAUUUACAGACCUUGGUUCACCCUUUGGAGAGGACCAGUUAGAGGUUAUCAUCARUGGACUCAAAGAUAUGGAUGCACAGUUUGUUUUGGUGGGACCUGAUUUACUUGGUGAUGAUGAACAUAGUCACAAUGAUGGUGACAACAAUGACGGCAAUCAACCCUCAACRUCCAAUGCCCAGCCUAAUAACUCAAGACAGCACAGGAAGCCCAAAACACCACAACAAAUUGCUGGAGAGGAUUGUAUAAGACAAGUUUUAGAGGCCGUUGAAGGGCAAACAUACUCAUUCAGUCAAGUUCUUCCAAUGCUUAGUUUCUUUGAAUGUCGACGGAUAAAACAGACCACUGUAUUCAGAGGACCACUGGAAAUUGGUUCUUCUCUUAAAAUCAAUGUGUGUGGCUAUAAUAGGGUWAGAGAGGACAAGCUUGCUUCAUGGAAGAAACUAUCAGCACUGUCAGAAGCGUCAGCCAACCCUGAUAGUAUGGAGGUUAAGAUGGAGAGAUCCUAUCAUCUCAAUGAUGAAGAUCAAACUGAGGUUGAUAAGGAGGAUGUUGCUCAAGGAUAUCGCUAUGGCAAGACUAUUGUCCCUUUGACAAAAAUAGAUAAAGAUAGCAUGAAACUGGAGACAGAAAGGUGUUUAUGUGUUCUUGGUUUUACUUCAAAUGAAAAUGUUCAAAGGCAUCUGUACAUUGGAGAAAACAUUACAGCAUUUACAGCUCAACCAGAUGAUGCACCUGGAGGAGUUGCUCUAUCAGCAUUCAUUAAUGCCAUGUAUGAGUCAGAAACUGUUGCAAUWGUUAGAUAUUGCUUUCGCAAAAAUGCUGCUCCCAAAUUGGGAUUCCUUUCGCCUCAUAUCAAGCAAGACUAUGAGUGUCUAUUGUUCACUGCUUUACCCUUUGUGGAAGACAUCAGAAACUUUAACUUUGGGUCUUUGAAUGGAAACAAGAAACUAGAACCUACAGCUGAACAGCUCACUGCAAUUGACCAUCUUGUUGAUGCCAUGGAUUUGACUAAAGCAGUUAGGGAUGAAAACGGCGAUUAUCAAGAAGCAAUGAAGCCCAAAUGCACUUUUAACCCAACAAGACAAAGAGUUUUUCAGUGUAUUCAACAUCGUGCUUUACACCCUGAAGAUACCUCAUUACCAGAGCUUGAACCAGUCAUCGCAAGCUACAUUGAGCCUAAUCCUGAAUUUUUAGCAAGAAGCGCAUCACAAGGUUUAAAGGUCAAGGAUUUGUUUAGGUUAGAACGAGUUGAGAAAAAGAAACCUUUGGAUGCUGCUCAAAAUGUUUUCAAAGCUAACAUUGACUCUACUGUAGAACCAGCUGCUAAAAAAGCCAAGGUAGAUGAGGACGAAACUGACUUUAGCAUGGCAGGACAGGCUAAAGGACAAGUAACUGAGGUUGGUACUGUUGAGCCAGUUGAAGACUUCAAAACACUGAUAUCACGUAAAAAUGUCAACCUUUUUAAACAAGCUUCAAAUCAAAUGAAAGAUCGUAUUGUYCAGCUGGUAACAGAUUCAUUUGGUGAUCAGUUUUACAAUAAGGCUCUAUCUUGUGUCUGUGCUUUAAGGGAAGARUCUAUCAAGGCAGAGGAGUCACAAAUGUUUAAUGAUUUUCUUCACGAUGUAAAAUCUAAAUUCUAUAACAAAAGAGGACAUGGAUUUUGGCUUCUUUUAGUAAAAGAAAAAAUAUCCCUUAUAAGUAAAGAUGAAUCCUCGGACAUUUCAGUAACAAAAGAAGACGCAGUCAAGUUUUUAGCAGAGACUGAAGGAAAGGAAGAGGUGGAAGAAGCUCCAGCAGAAGAAAUGGAAGAUGUUGAUGAUCUGCUUGCAAUGAUGGAUUAAGAGCACGUUUUAUGAAAAUGAUGAAAAUAUUACAAGUUCAGUGUACAAGAAAAUAGAAAUAGCUUGUCUAAAUUUACACUAAAAGAUUAAUAUCAAUAAAGCUCAAACUAUAUUGUA